GAGGUUUGAGAGGGUCGUAGGAUCUGUGGUGCAUGACACUGACCUGGAGCAAGGUGGCUGAGAAGGGCAGGGGAGAAAAGGCCUCACAGAGCGGCUUCUCCUCAUUAGCCCUGCUGAGGUGACAUGGAGCUGUCAGGGGGCUUUACCAUAGGACAACAGAGACAUCGGACGGACCUUAAGUCCCCCUGGAGGCUGGUGGACACUAUGAACUACGUGGGGCAGCUGGCUGGCCAGGUGCUGGUGACGGUUAAGGAGCUCUAUAAGGGCAUCAAUCAGGCCACUUUGUCAGGCUGCAUUGAUGUGAUAGUGGUUCGGCAGCCUGAUGGGACGUUCCAGUGCUCCCCUUUCCAUGUCCGCUUUGGAAAACUGGGAGUUCUGCGCUCUAGGGAAAAAGUGAUUGACAUUGAAAUCAAUGGGGAACCAGUGGAGCUCCACAUGAAACUGGGAGACAAUGGAGAGGCCUUUUUUGUGCGGGAGAUGGAGCAGCAAAAUGAGGUCAUCCCGGCCCACCUGGUGACAUCCCCCAUCCCAACAGAGGAGGCUUUGUUCAGGAGCAGAGAGUCCAGAUGUGGAGGUUCAGCCGUGGAGAGCAGUCAACAGCCCCCGAGCCCUGAUGACCCGUCCUCUGGAAACUUUCAGUCCUGCAACAACAGCAGCGGCAAAAAGAAGAAGAGACGCAGGAGGAAGCACAAGGCUGAGCACCGCAAGGAGGAGCUGAGCACACCUGCAGGAGGGGACAUGGAAGUGGGCGAGCUCAGCUCAGACGAGGAACCCAGCUCACACCCUGGACGAGCAUCCUCGCUGUCCAUAAUAAAGGAUCUGGACCACAGGAAAAAUUCUCCCACCACUGGGCUGGAAUGGGACAGCUACCCUUUCUCUGAUGGAGACUGGUCUCCUUGCACAGCCAGGGAGAUGUCUGAGACCGUGUCGCCAAAAAGUGACUCCGAGCUGAUGGUGAAGCCAGCAGAGAGCAUGCUCAGAGCUGAGACCCAUAUGCAGUGGUCUUGGGGAGAGUUCCCAGAAUCCACCAGGGUCAAUAAGAAGGACAAGUCCGAGUCUAAGCCGCUGACCAUCACCCCCUCUGAGAACACACAUUUUCGGGUCAUCUUAAGCUCUGAGGCCAUGGAGGAAGAGUCGAUGGAAGCAGAGAGAAUCACAGAUCCCAUUUGCAGUAUUGUAAAACCAGAACCUCGAACCAUCAAGCCAGAACAGCACAGCUGCAAAGCACAGCUGUCUGAUUCUUCUUCCCAGCCUGGGUCUUCUACACAAAACCCAAACAUUACCCAAAAUCCAACAGACCUUCCCAGUUUAGCAUCCAGCAGCUUUACCUCAGAGCCGUCUCCCAGUAACUCUGACCUCAGUGUGAAAAAUAUGCGCAAGACCAGAUGGACGUCUUCACCACCGAGCCGUAGGGAGAGCGAUGCUGCAGCGGGUGGAGGCAGUUACAUGUUUGGAGAUCCAGCAGCUGCAGGUCCAGAACCAAGAGCCUCAUCUAAAACCACCGACUCCCCAGUCAAGAGGAGAGCCGUCAGAAAAAGGAGCCAACACCAGGGUCCCGAGGACAUUUACCUGGAUGAUCUGAAUAAACUGGAACCUGACGUUGUUGCCCGGUACUUUCCUAAGAGUGAGUCGGAGCAGGUUCCUAAGCACUGGGAGGAGACAGGCAGACGCUCUGGGUCUCAGUCGCCCCAGUCGGUGGGGAGCGCAGCAGCAGACAGCGGCACCGAGUGUCUGUCCGACUCGGCUGGAGACCUGCCUGACGUCACCCUGUCGCUCUGCGGAGGCGUCGGUGACAACUCAGAGAUCUCUAAAGAAAAAUUCAUGGAGCACAUCAUCACCUACAAUGAAUUUGCAGAGAAUCCAGCUAUUAUUGACAAUCCUAAUUUGGUCGUUAGAAUUGCAAACAGAUAUUACAACUGGACACUGGCAGCACCGUUGAUCCUUAGUAUGCAGGCUUUCCAGAAGAACCUGCCGAAGACUACAGAGGAGGCUUGGGUGAAGGAGAAAAUGCCAAAGAAGUCUGGAAGAUGGUGGUUUUGGAGAAAGAGCAGCGUAAAGCAGCUGUCAUCAGAGACCAAAUUAGAGAGACAGGGCUCGCUGACCAGAGAGAGUCCAGCCCUUCACCCGGCCCCAGAAACACAACAGAAAACAGCAGAGUGGUCCAGUGAUGACGAGACUAAAGAGCUGAGCACUGUGGCGCCUGCUCUGACACCUACUGAGCGCGUGCAGACUGAAGCACCAGCACCUUGUCCCUCCUACAAAAAGUCCCUCCGCCUGUCUUCUGACCAAAUAAGCAGUCUGAAGCUGAGGGAGGGGCCAAAUGAUGUGACCUUCAGCAUCACCACCCAGUACCAGGGGACGUGUCGCUGUGAGGGCACCAUCUACCUUUGGAACUGGGACGACAAGGUUAUCAUCUCCGACAUCGACGGCACAAUCACCAAGUCAGAUGUGUUUGGUCAGAUCCUUCCUCAGCUGGGGAAAGACUGGACUCAUCAGGGCAUUGCCAAGCUUUACCACUCAGUGCAUGAGAACGGGUAUAAAUUCCUGUACUGUUCAGCCCGAGCCAUCGGCAUGGCUGACAUGACCCGAGGGUAUCUGCACUGGGUCAACGACAGGGGGACACUGCUGCCCCAGGGGCCCCUCAUGCUGUCUCCCAGCAGCCUCUUCUCUGCCUUCCACAGAGAGGUCAUAGAAAAAAAGCCUGAGAAGUUCAAGAUCGAAUGCCUCACAGACAUCAAGAACCUGUUCUACCCAAACACACAUCCCUUCUACGCAGCCUUUGGAAACAGAAACAGUGACGUAUUUGCCUAUAAGCAAGUGGGUGUGCCUGUGUGUCGGAUAUUCACAGUGAAUCCCAAAGGGGAGCUGAUCCUGGAGCAAGCCAAAGGCAAUAAAACAUCAUACAGCCGGCUGAGUGAGCUGGUGGAGCAUGUGUUUCCUUUACGGAGCACACAGCACAGCGCCACCUUCAGCUGCCCAGAGUUCAGCUCCUUCUGUUUCUGGAGACAGCCCAUCUCUGAGGUGUGCUUUGAGGAGCUGCUUUAGCUCAGAUUGAGAUGUAGAACUAGAGCUCAGCUGAACCCAGAUCAGUAAAGCCUGGGUGUUAAAUAAGCGUAUGCACUGGUUAAACGCUGCAGAUAGCUGCGGUCCAGGACUGUUUAUUAGGCUGUUUUCCAGUUGGUGAGACAUUCCUUUUCAGUGGGAAAAGUUUGGGAUAUACUCCAGCUAGUUCUGUUCAGGGUGAGACUUCAGGUUGAUUUCCUUAUAAAGCAGGUGAUUCUUUGUGUUCGGAGUUGUUUUGGGUUUGAAGUCUGACAUUUUUGGCAUCAACAGAAGCCAAAUGUACGAGCUCUGAGUGCUUUAAACACAUGAGACAACAUGCCUAAACUUCUAGGCAGUGGCAGAAUGUUAACUGUACAUGACAUGUCGACAUUUGAUGUGAAACAUGUACCGUCUGUGUUCAUCUGCCAUCAAACCUAACAACUACCACUUGGAGCAGCUGCGUAGUCGUCCCUUUAAGGCCUUAUUCACUGUAACGCUGUGGAGAAUCUACGAUCUUUGUUCUGGAACUUCAGGAUUUUGCACAGUUGAUGUUGAAGACAGAAAAAUGUGAUUGAUUUGGCUUCUAGUGAAUAUAAACACGCACUUUGUGACCCGUUGAUGCUGCUGCUAUUUAUACCUGCACUGAC